CCCCAUGUGUUGAACCGCCCCGUGUUGUUGUGUCUCUGCGCUGGGGGCGGGCCGGCUCCUCCCGCCCAGGGCGGUCCCGGUACAUAAGGCGGAGCGCUGGGGCGCCUUGCCCGGCACACAACGAGCCACUGACCGGCCCCAUGGCGCUGCACUGGGCGCCCCUGCUCGGGUUGUGUUGCUGGCUGGCGGCCGCGGACCGGCACCCGGUCUUCUGGAACAGUUCCAACCCCAAGUUCCUGGCAGACGACUACACCGUGGAGGUCCGGCUCAACGACUACCUGGACAUCAUCUGCCCGCACUACGAGGAGGGCAGCGUGACGCCCCACGCCAUGGAGCGCUACACCCUCUACCUGGUGGAGUACGAGGAGUACGCGGCCUGCAAACCCCACUCCAAGGAGCAGAUCCGCUGGGAGUGCAACAAGCCGUCCGCCCUGCACGGCCCCGAGCGGUUCUCGGAGAAGUUCCAGCGCUUCACACCCUUCACCCUGGGGAAGGAGUUCAAGGAGGGACACAGCUACUACUACAUCUCGAAGCCAAUUCACCACCAUGGCGACGGCUGCCUGAAGCUGAAGGUGACUGUGGCUGGCAAAGCCACUGGGACGCCGCCCGUCCACACCCCGAUGCGGAAGGGGGGGAUCCAGGCAGACGACGCGGACGUGCAGGUCCUGAAGAGUGUGGGCCAGAACUCAGCGCUGCGGAGCAGCAGCCCGGUCACCUUGCUCAGCCUCCUGCUGCCCCUGCUGGUGCCGCAAGGCCUGUGAGGUGGGAGCCUGGCUGAGCGGCACGGACUGAACCGCUGGAUGGCUACUGCUGCUGGGAACAGACCCUGUGGCCCAAGAGGUGCAGGCCCCCGGCUGGGCUGUUGCAAACACUCACGUGAGCAGCUCUCGCGUGUGCACCCCCAGCUGGGUCUCAGCCAGGCGUGCAUUGGCAGCCUAAGGACUUGUUAUGGGUCGAAUGGCCCAAGUGGUCAGUAUUACGGGUUGAACGACCCAAAGCCACCACAGCCCUGUGGGAGCGGUCGCUUCUCCUUACUGCCAAAGAACAGACCACCAGCACUUUCAACCACUCGCUUUGAGAGCGGACGACAGCGGCUGCGGCCCUGGCUGGAUGGACAGAGGCACUGGACUAGGAUGGGGUGGGGUGCUGGCACCUCUGGCUGGCUGAGCCAGCCCCCAUGGAGUGCGCAGGAUGGACAGGCCUUGCGGGGUGGUGGCGUGGAAGUGUCCUGCAGGCAGAGGCACCUGUGCUGCCCACGCAAACAGCUCAUGGACGGGCUGUGGCGGUUGGGCUGAGUGCAACCCAGGGACUCUGGGUCUGCCAGGGCCGUGGUACCACCUUGCUGGGGCAGGACCUCCUGGAACAAUAUUCCUUCUGGUGCAGGACCCUGGAGUCAGUGAUGUGGGUGCCGGGAUUCCAUACGGUGACACUUAGAAAAUAAUGUGUAGACAUGUCUGGAGCAGGUGCCCCCUCCCCAAAUUCUGACCUCCCAUGUCAAUUCUGCUGAUUGCACAUUGGCCAGGGGCCUGGGACUGUCUGGCCUGAAGCAGGGAGCUGGGCUGCAGGUUGACCCAAAGGAGACAAACGUCCUCACAAGCGCCUGAGGAUGGACUGAGCUGGCAGCCCCAAACCCAUGACAUCCCAUUCCCUCUACCCACCCCAGCCUCUUCAGAAACACCGAGAGCAAGAGUUCCUUUGGCACAAACUCCCAGCCCCAUUCCUGUCUGCCUAGGCUCAUUGCCACAAUCUCUCUUCCUCCUCUCCUGGCCCCACCCAGGACUCCCUGUCCUCUGUGUAAAGCAGCCACCUGUGCUGGAAACAGGGUGGGGCAGAGGCUGAGCGUAGCUGCUGCCUGGCUGGAGUUCCCACCACCGGCAGGGCGCUAGACGCGCUGUACGACCCUGUCUCCACAGCCUGUGUGCGCCUCAGUGCCUGGAGGGGGCAGGGGGCUCGUUCACCCACACACCUGCCGGGCCCUGCACGGAGGAGUGUAUAUAACAUGUCUUGAUUUGUAAAGCUUCCUUUUUACCACUGGAAUUUUUAUACAAAUGGUCUUGAAUAAAGAUGUUCGGAUACA